GCAAUGUUUACAACUUGUCAAACUGCCUACCGCAAAAGCCGAAGCUGGCUGUGUGUUUUCAGUGUUUACGUUGGAAAACUACAAAUUAGAAAGCCGUCGCGUUCAAUUUAAGUUCCAAGCUUUUCUACCUUUAUUAUUGUGCCACAACGCGUUAGAAUAGCUGUGUGCGUGGCGCCAGAAUCAGGCCUUCUUUAUCGUCCUUCGUGGAAUAGCAAAGUGCUCUCCGGCACAGCUGCGCUGGAAUAGCUGACUCAUAGCCGGCGAUGGAUAGCGAUGCGAGUGAAAAUAAUUCGGUCCCGCUGGACAAAACUAACGAUGAGCUGCAGCGGAGCCGAUCCCCUCUAGAGACAGUAGCGGAGGAAGCAGAAGGAUAUCAGCCCAUUCUGGUCACACCGGCGACGGAAUGGAAGUCGCUACCGCUUCUGGUGGAGGACAGCAGCCGGGUGCUGCUGGCACCGUCGCUCCAGCUUGCCUUGCGCCAUUUUUUCACCCACUGCGGCAGGGACGUCAUCGAGAUAAGCCGGUCCGAUCUGAUGAUAGUGCUUAUCUAUGUGAUCGCCCUCGAGACGGGCCUGAUACCGAAGGGUGGCUCACUGCCGCCGAGCUGCCGGCCGGGGAAGCAUCACACCACCUACCGCUCGUUCGAUAGGCGGCUGGUGAACCAUUUCGCGUCGCGCCUCCCGCUCGACUGGUUCGGCGCCCGUGCCGGCCCGUACCGGUUCGAGCUGGAGCUGGUGCACGAAAGUGCCACCUGCAGCAAUCUGAGCUGCACGCUGGUCGCCCUGUCCAGCGGUGACCUGCUGAUCGUGAACCUGCUGCCCUUUUACGGCCAGAAGGCAGGCUUUUCCGUCACGGUACCGAUCAGCUUCCACGUGCCGGCGGUCAAUGGCAACCGGUUGCCGCUCUGCUACCAGAAUCUGUCGGGGCUUUCGGUGAAGCUUAAGAACGAGCUGUUCGUCCCGUUUCGCAACCACAUGUACUCGAAGUUUGUUUUCACCAUCAGUCCGUCGCUGCGCGGUCUACCGCAGGAGCUGGUAGCCAGGGUGAUGGAGUACUUGGACGAACCCGCCCGUCGCAAGCUGAUGGAAGUGUUGACGAUGUUACCUGCAGUAUAGUGUACAUAGCUUUGUAUAUAGUAUAGAUAGUGUUAACACAAUAAAGUGCAUUCAAAUUGCUACCCCCGCUUGUAA